AUGGGCCGACUAUGCAGGCCUCGGAUGGUGGCUGCCACCCUCCUCUGCUCUCUAUUUGCGCUCCCUACAUUCGCCGACCCAGCAACUCUUGACUUCGAAGACUGUUUCAGCGGGAAUUCUUCAGUGAAACUCGCCGUUGACCACGUCUAUGGCCAAGUCCUCGAUAGCCCGAGCGCAAACAUGGGGACCUACCUCAAUCUCACUCUCGUUGGAACCAGCCCGCAGGCAAUUCAAGGGUUUACGGACUCGAGCUCAAGCCUCGCAACGUUAUUCACCACAACGACUGUCCUCACCCUCAACGUCUGGACGAAUAGCUCCUACUUAUGUAGGACGAUACGACCUCAAUCUCCCCUUCCACCACUCGAAAACGCGACAGAUUACUGCCCAGUUGCAGCUGGUCCAUUCGCGCUUUCUGCAUCGAUCCCCUGGGGUACAAACCGCCCCUUAACCACCCUCAAUACGCGGUUACGAGCUGUCGAUCCAUUCAGUUCUGAGCUGCUCUGCAUCAGUGUUAACACAACUCCCCUUUCUCCCUCCAACGACUCGCCCUAUGGCAUUGCCCACGCUAUAUUUUGGUCAACGGUCGGGCUAGCAAUGCUGUAUUGGCUCGUCAUAGGAAUCGCACGGAUAGUUUCAGCUUGGGGACGGGGAAUUACUAGACCAGGCCGGUCGUUAUGGGCACACGGUCAAAGUGCUGGGUUUAUCCUUGCUAGCGCAAUCAGCGGCGAGCGUUUUGCCACAUCGCCAGCGCUAAUGCGCUUCAGCACGCCAUGUCUUCGAGACGUAUUAUUCCACACGCAAUGGUGUGCUUCUUUGGCUAUGGUCGCUGUUCAGUGGCCGGCGUUCAUUUACCCAAUUCUGGCUCAGACCUCGUGGGCGACUCUCACAUAUAACGUUACUUUGACCGACAGACAGCAUUGGAACCCUCUUUCGACACUUCCGUAUAACCCUCCAUCCACAUUCACGGACCAGCUAGCAGAUUCCUCUUCGCCACUUUACAUCAACCCUAGUGUGCCCAACCUGCUUUUCACCCUCCCAUCCGACGCUGCAUCUGGCAUAGCCAUGUUCGCCUACACGGUUGGCGUUCGGCCUCAGGCUCUGUUCGAGAUCUGUAUUAUUCUCUUCCUUGGUAUUGUCGCCGCCACAAUCGUCCUUUCGGCUAUCGUUUGGUUUAUCGACUUCCUGGGCAGCUUUGUCAGCGGAGCCUUGUCGCACUCACCUGGCAUACGCGCCCGUAGUCCUGGCCCACGAGACCUCGAAAAUGCUGCAUCCAAUGAGGACAAGGCGGCGAUGUUCCGCCCGGCCUCCCGUCUCACGUUGUCGGGUGGAGGAAUGGGUAUUGCGACACCGAGAAAGCCGUGGUAUCGCGUUCGGACGGAGAUCAGCUCUUUCCAUUGGAGCGUCCUCCAUGGCAACCUUGUCCGCAUACUGGUCAUCUUCCAUUUACCCCUCACCAUCUUCGCUGUGUACGAGAUGACUCAACCUGCUUCGCUGGCAUCAGUCCGAGCUCGUGCCUUGGCUGGAUUGUCGUUCGCCAUCCUUUCCAUCCUGGUGCCUGUCAUCUUGGUUGUGCGGGUUACCUUGACCACGACCAACAAGUUGUACGACGAAACUCGGACCCUGCUGGCCCUUGGCCCACUAUAUAACCAUUAUCGACAUGGUAGUCAGUUAUUCGCCAGCUUGCUGUUUGCGACUAAUCUGGUGUUUGGGAUCGUCAUUGGUGCGGGACAGAAGAGUGGAACCGCACAAGCUAUCGUGAUUCUCAUUGUCGAGGUCGCCGCGGCUUUGGUAACCAGCAUCUGGCUACCUUGGGGAACCGGAGCGAGUAUGGGGCUUAUCAGUUUCCUGUUUUGCGUGGCCAGGAUCGUCGUCGCGGUGCUUUUAGUUAUUCUUACACCUGCGAUCUCCAUCGGUGAUGGAGCUGCUGCGUGGGUUGCCUAUGGAGUUCUUGUCAUACUAGCCCUGGUUUAUCUCGCAUUGGCCCUGAUGCUGGUGAUCAAACUCGUGGAGGCCGCGAUACGGAUUGUUGGCCAAGUUGGGUUCGAUAAGAGCACCCAUGUCGUCGAUAGCGGCCUGUUAGGUGCUUGCGGCCUAUUGGGAUGUUGUGGGUCCCGCAAACGUCGCGUUCCGAAACAUCGCACUCGUCAAAGAAGGACAUAUGCUGCUGCUCAAGUAUCUGAUGGUGGAUCCUCCACUUUUGUUCCGCCUCCGCUAUUGAGUGGUGAUUCUGCUUCGAAGAAAUCGAUCCACUCACAACCUCCUUCCGUUCUUCGGCCAGAGCACGCGUUGCGCCCCUAUCGCGAAGACAGCGACGACGAAAGCGGGUACAUUAUGGGUGCUUGGCAGCCGUUCCCACGACCUGGCUACAACCAGGUGGAAAAGUCAAGUGCUCCUCCGCCGUCUUCUGGGUUUUCGCGGGUUGGAGGUGGGCGAGCACAUAUUGAUGCCCCGUAUGCAAUUACUCCUGGAGCCCCUGCUCCCGCGACGCCACCGAAUGGGUCGAGUUCGAGUCUUGCCUGGCCAGCAGUCGAGGACACGCCGUCCAUGGCGAGCGUGCCCCGGAGACAAAGCCCCGAAACGGUCAUGACUGGGUCCGGUCUGCCGAGGGGAGCCAUGCAACCACACAUGCGAACCAAGUCGCAAACUGCGAUUAUUGAGAAUGCGCCGAUGCUUGCGUCAUCGUCUCGACCGCCUUCAAGACCCCAGCACCCGUCUGAAGAGCUUGAGGAUGACUCAGACUCGGAUGGGCAGGUGGAGGUUGGACAGCGGAAGAAGAAGCCGUGGUAUCACAUUCGGAGACAUAGGCCACAGAGUGAAGGGGUUCCGCCAUCUGCAUUCCCAGCUCAGACGGCAGAGCAGGCUGCUUUGGCGACCGGCGAUACACCCCCUGGCCGCUCUUUUGUUGUCAUUCGCAAGGGACAAGCUUCUCCUGCUCGGUCGCAGCAGCUAUCGACUGCCUCAACGCCGACUAGGGCUAUGUUCAGGACGGAAAGUGCUGGGGAAAUCAGGAACUCGAGUGCGACGUCAUGA